UUUGUAAAGAAAAUUUUCCCGGUGUGAAAUUUAGAGUUGGCAAUUUUAGAUGUGUGGGCCCGUGGCGUUAGUGGGGCUGGCUGACUGAGAUGCGGGGUGUGGCGAGUGGCGACAGCACUCUGCACACUCCCAACAGAAUCCAGCUGACGGUCGGAGAAGCUUUAUGCGUGACACAUUUGCACUGCAUGUAGCGCUACUAAUUCAGCUGAGCGGUGCACUUUGGAAUUAGUCAACGUGUAGUCUUUCACGAGGAUGUCAAAGACAACAGGUGAGUGCCACGUCAUUCUACCCAUCACGGCGUCAGACAGCUGUUCACCGAUUGCGAUUUAGGUCUACUCGACUUUCUUCCUGCGCUACAGUGGGGCAGGGCUGUCUGAGAUAUCUGUGUACGUCACAAGCUUAUUCUAGAGAUUAAAAAAAAAAAAAAUGAGUUGUGUGGAAAGCUGGCCGUGCCGGACUUUGGCGUACCUGUUGAUCCGCGCUGCCCAUACAUUGUCAAGAAAGGGUAGCCAACCAAGUUAGUCAGCCACAGGUGAUGUGUUCCUGGGCUACCACACUGCAGGAGGAGGAGGAGGAGUUGGGCAUGUGGAACCCCUGCCGAGAGGACUACUUGGGCGUGGGGAGGACAGGACCUGGCUACCCCUUCCUUCUCCCACACACCAGGGCAUCAGGACCGGCUAGGGUUCGGGUACGCAGACCUCGGGGGCUGUACAUCAGAAACCUGCCAGGGACCAUGACGGCUGAGAAUGUGAGGAGGCUGUUUGGAGAGCAUGGGAGGGUGGAGAGUGUGGUGAUGGGACGCCCUGGGGCAGAUGCCUCACAGCUGCGGUGGGCCAUCGUCAACCCACACAGCACCAGAGAUGCGGUCGCCAUGCUGGGGGCACUGCAUGGCCAGCCGCCAUUGUGCCUAGAGGUGACACCAGCCACCACCCCAGAGGAGAAGCAGCAGCAGCAGCAGGAGAGGCAGGCACAGCAGCGCUUCCUGGAGGAGGUGAGAAGAGAUCUAAAGGCAGCAGGUGUUGAGAGAAGCACACCUGUAGCCAACACAAGCAGUGAUGGUCCUGUCAACACACUCACAAUUGUGGUCACCACCACCACAACUACUACUACUACUACUACUGCCACCACCUCUCACCAUGAAGUCAGUGAGGUGCCCUUUGAGGCGAGUUGUGGUGUGGUGGUGGUGGAGCACCGCCCUACCCUGCCCUGUGUGCGGUGUGGGGCAACUGGCCAGCUGGUGUGUGCUGGCUGUGGGGCAUGGUACUGCAGGAGGCUAUGUCAGGCAGCACAUUGGCCACUCCACAGCACCACCUGCUCCCCAGGCCCCAACUGUGUUCCUCCCUCCCUCCCGAACAACCUAUGCGGAUGAUAUUCUUGUUAGAGCCGGUGGACUGCAGCACCCGGUGGCCCCGCAGCGCCUGCAGCUGGUGCCCUGCAACACGUGAG